GUAACUACAGCAACUAUUUCCUGGCAUGAAUCAAUAAGUGAAACAAAUCACUCCAUGGUGACUGAGUUCAUUUUUCUGGGACUCUCCAAUUCUCAGGAACUCCAGACUUUUCUAUUUGUGUUCUUUUUGGUAUUCUAUGUAGGAAUUGUAUUUGGAAACCUUCUUAUUGUCCUAACUGUGGCUUCUGAUUCUCACCUUCACUCCCCCAUGUAUUUCCUGUUGGCCAACCUCUCACUCAUUGAUCUGUGCCUGUCUUCAGUCACAGCCCCCAAGAUGAUUGCUGACUUCUUCAGUAAAUGCAAGGUUAUCUCAUUCAAGGGCUGCCUUGCUCAGAUAUUUCUCCUUCACUUCUUUGGUGGGAGUGAGCUGGUGAUCCUUAUAGCCAUGGCCUUUGACAGAUAUGUGGCCAUCUGUAAACCCCUUCGCUACACCACAGUUAUGUGUGGCAAUGUAUGUGUUGGCAUUGUUGCUGCUGCAUGGGGAACUGGCUUCCUCCACUCAGUGAGCCAGCUGGCCUUUGCAGUGAACUUACCUUUCUGUGGUCCCAAUGAGGUUGAUAGCUUUUACUGCGACCUUCCUAGGGUCAUCAAACUUGCUUGUACAGACACCUAUUGGUUGGAUAUCAUGGUCAUUGCUAACAGUGGUGUGCUCACUGUGUGUUCUUUUGUUCUCCUAAUCAUCUCAUACACUGUCAUCCUAGUGACCAUCCAGCAUCUCCCUUCACAGAAGUCAUCCAAGGCCCUGUCUACUUUGACUGCUCAUAUCACAGUAGUUCUUUUGUUCUUUGGACCAUGUAUCUUCACUUAUGCCUGGCCAUUCCCCAUUAAGUCAUUAGAUAAAUUCCUUGCUGUGUUUUAUUCUGUGGUCACUCCUCUCUUAAACCCAAUUAUAUACACACUGAGGAACAAAGACAUGAAGACUGCAAUGAAACAGCUCAGAAAAUGGAAUAUGAAUUCGAGGAUAAAGCCUUAGAUCUCCUAUAACUGUUAAGACUAAUCUAGGAUAAUGACACUGUAUAUAUUGAAGUGAGUAAAUUACUUCGUAAAUUUCAUGAAAAUUAUACCUUCUAUUUUCCUAUUCCUUAGCAAUUGUCGAAGCACAUUCACAUACACAGCCUCAAUGUAUUCUUUGA